CCGCGUCAGUAGAGAUGCCGCGAGCAAAGCGUAUCGACGACGGUGCCAGUUAGCCGUAGGGGUAGCAUCGGGGUGGUUCCAGCCGAAACUACGGCGCCGACCGCACUCCUCCACUUCCGUUUCGCCCGUUUUCCACCAUUUUUCCCCCCAUCAUCCUUCGCCUCUCACUCUCUCUCUCUCUUCUCUCUCUUUACCCCUUCGAUCAUCUUUCCAUCGUAUUGUAUACACACACACGUUUCGACAUACGACGAUCCGUCGUGUUUUCGUCAAGGGGGGAGGAUAUAUUGGUGGUGGAUCGGUGGAAGGAAGAGAGAGAGAGAGAGAGAGAAAGAGCGAUGAGAGACGAGGAACUCGGGAAGGAUGUCGAAGAGGAAUCGAGAGACGAGAACGAGAGAGAAACUAGAAAGAACAACAUCGGGGAAAUAGAGGAGAUCGAAGAGUAUUCGUGAGAUGGGAAGAUUUCAAGUUUGAUCCGAGAACACGUUCGAAAAGUAACCUGGCUUAAUUGUUUCAACGAUGAAUCGAGAAAACGAAGAACAGCGACCAGUCUCCCAAACCCUUUGCGGGGUGUUGCAAAAAGGACCGAAUUGCAAAUGUUUGGUGCUGUCCGUGUUGAUAUACGGAUGCCUUGCCGCAGUGACGUGGUGUAGAUGCACGAAUGUCACCAAGGUGAUAAUCAAUUUCUCGAGGUAUCCGAUCAAAAGCACGAGACACGUAUCCCCUUGCGACGAUGGCUACAUAUACAUCCCCGUGGCUUUCAUGGGGAUGCUGUAUCUGGUCUAUCUGGUCGAAUGCUAUCACUCGCCGAUCAGAAUCGAUCUGUUACACGCGGAGAGCCAGGACAGCGUGUUGUCGAAGAUAACGCAGUUGAAAAUGGCGCAACCGACUAUAUGGUGGAAGGCUGUCUCCUACCAUUACGUGCGGCGUAAACGACAAAUUACCCGGUACAGAAACGGGGACAAUUACACGACGACGCAGGUCUACUACGAGAGGAUAAACACCCACGCCGCGACAUCCUUUUAUUAUUAUGAUUACUGCGGAGUGAAGGACAUCAGCAAGGAGUUGAUCCUUGAUCCAAAAGUGCCGAUCACCAAGAUCAAUCUCAGCAAGGGAUUCGCGUUCUCGAACAUGAGAUCGGCGACCGAAUUCGAGGAGGCCAGAACGAGAUUCUUCGCCGAGCAAGAAUUGAGGGACGAUUACAUGGAGAUGAGAGAGGGCCUGGACCUCGGAUACAAUCCGAAUCCCACGACUCUCGUCGCCGUCCUCGGCAAUCCUUGGUUCACCAAUCGCUACGUGUACUGGUGUCUGAGUGCUCUGUUGCUCAGCUGGCCGUUGAGAGUGAUCAUAGAAUACAAGACGCAGUAUGCCGAUUAUCAGAUCACCAAGCUGUUCGGAAUCAACUACGACACACCGAGUGGAUGCGAGCCAAUACACGCAUCUAUGAGCCAACAAACGAUCAAUCAGCCGGGCUCUUACAUGCUGGCCCCGAGUUACAGCGAGGCGCUUCUCAUGGAUCCAGCACCCGAUCACCGUCCACCCACGACGGAGUGCCAACAGGACGAGGCCAUAACCGAGAUGGUGCCCAGUUAUUCGGAAGCGUUGCUCUAUCGACGAGCGGACCAAGGCUGCCUCGUCGAUCCGGACGAGGAUUCGAAUCGUCGAUCCGCGUCCAUUCUCGAAUGUUCCUGCCCCUGCCACGCGGCCACCGCUCUCGAGACGAGGAGCGCGCACGAGGAGGAAGAGGAUCUCGCGGCCGGACAACCGUUGAUGGCGUUGCGCGCCGAGGUGCGUGGUCUCCCCCCUUCUACCUCGGGUUGCACGACGGGCGGAGAAACGGUGGCGAGCGGAAAGUGCGCGAGUUGCGGGAAAUACUUGGUCGAGGCGCAGCUGGAAACCACGGAAAUGUCGAGAAGCGAGUGCAGCAUUUCGGGAGUUGUUGCGUGGAAUUCGAGAAGAGGAUUUCAAAGUGCGAGAAGGGGGCCGAGAGCGUCGAUGAUGGCUACGACGACGGCGAUGACGAUGCCGCGGGACAUGUCCGAGCCGAAUCUCAGAUCGAGAUCGGAAUCGUUGGAGGCCGACACGAGGUUCCUCAGAUUGAACGGGCAGAGUUUGAGAAAUAUAUUGGAGAGCGAGCAGGAGGAGGAGGUCAAUGGUGGUGUCGAGGGAGGGACGGAAGGUGAGGUCGAUGGGGGAAGGGAAGGAGAGUUUCGAUCGUCCCUUCGCUCCCUCGACGAGACGAGCUCCUCCCGGCCUUCGAGGAUGGACGCGAGCAGCGGCGCGAUACCGAAGAGGAUAGGCAACAACUCGGCGAGGAGCAGGGUGAUCGCGAAUCCCAUGUCGGACGAGGGGGACGGUUUCGCGGCAGACGCGAACGCGUAUUUCUGUCUCAAGUCGAUCCUCAAGCAGAACAGGCAGCGAAGGUACACCCUGAUCACGGCGAGGGAGCUUCAUAACUUGUCCGACGGAGAGGAGGAGGACGAGGAUAGACGUGGUACGGCGAAUCGGUCCUCCUACCACGAGGGCUGCCCUCCCCCGGCACGCACCCUUCCCAACAUCGGGGAGAAGAAAUCGUUCGAUCCGUUCUCGAGAUCGAGGGAGAGCCUGGACGGGAGGGGAAGGAGGAGGAAACAAUCUGCGGAGAACGAGAAGGGCGAAGAGUGGAAAGAAGGGGGGAGCAACAGAACACUGAUAUUCGCGAGCCCGAUACAAGAGGUCUGCCCCGGCGAUCCCUUCGGGGGGAAGGACGUGGUUCGGACGCGGCAGGAAGUGGACUCGACCACACCGACCGAGGAGGCGGCCAAUCAGACGGUCCUCGGCCAGCUCGGGCUUCGAUCUCUCGAUCGAAGAUCGUCUCGCCGCCGGGAGUGCCGUUACUCGGACACUUCUUGCCCGCCCUCCUUCUCCUGCCCGCCCGACCGCCAGCAUCCCUACCCGUACGCCUUCUCGGCGUCCACGGACGCGGUGGACGCCAUACGGCUCAAGCAGAGCCAAACUCGUGCCUACCGCCACGGCGCGUCCUUCCCCCCCUACGAGGGGGGAUCGAGCGGGGAGAAAGGAGGGGAGGACGAGUCCAAGGGAGACGAAUUGCAGCGCUCGUUCACGGAGAGACGGACGAGAUCGGCGAGGAGCGACGCGAAUUUUCGUCGGAGCUUCACAGGAAGGGUGGAAGAUUACAGAGCGGAGAGCAACAACAAGUGGGCGAAUCUGAAUAUGGAGACGUCAUUGUAACGAGAGGAUACGAGUGAUCGAAACUUUGUAAAUAUCCGUCCUGCCACUUUUCAACAUCCUGUACAUACAUACGUGAUAGAAAUGCGAUUUAAAAAGCGCGGGGAUAACCCCGCCUUCGCUUCCGAGUGAGGAUGAAGGAUCGAUACUUGUUUCUUUAUAGAUAGAGGGAAAAAAUUCGAUAGAGCGUGUAACGCUGUCGAUGUUGCCAAUAUCGCGCGUCAUUCGGAUCUUUAAUGAAAAGGUUCUCUAAACGUUCUUGAUACAAUUUAUAAUUGAACCAGCGUCAAUUAUACGACGUAUAUAUGUGUAUGUAUAUUCGCGUCGAUUCGAUCGUGAGGAGAGAUUUUAAAAGAGAAAGAGAUAGAUUAGGGAUGGAUGAUAAUUGGAGGAUUUUUGAUCGAUUGCAUUAAGCAUCUUUGGAGUUUCGAUUCGAUCUUUCACGGUAUUAUUAUUAUUCUAUAAUCCUUGUCUCGAAUAAAGUAUUUCGGUCCUUGUUUCGAUAGGGCGGAAAUAUUAAAAUAAUUCCUCGUCACGCGAAGUACGAUAGGAUAAUAUCGAGAUAGGUAAAUAUUUCGACUGAGUAUAUGCGUAUUUCGAAAGAUUCGCGCCCUACCACUCGAGGACAUUCCAGUUCUUGCAAAGCGCAAGAAAGUCGUAUUCGUGAAUGAAUGCAAUGCUCGUAAAGAGAAGUUUUUCGCUCAAAUAUAAACGAAGAAAAUACAUUGUAGAUUUUACAAGCAAAAUAGAAGUAAAUCGAAAAGAAAAAAUCCGUUCCGAAAAACGAUUGAAAGUCUUCGCUUCUCCGUGCAAAUAAAAUUACGAAAAAAAGAAAAAAAAUACAUAAGUAUAUAUACAUAUAUAAGUAUAUUUUUGUCUACAUGUUUGCUCGCUGCAACAGAGAAGUAAGAAGCUAUGCGUAAUUCCGAUCGUUUUUACCGAUCCGGUCUCUCGAUAUUUUCAUCGAGAACUUUGUAUUUAUCACAUACGAUAUACAUACAUACAUACAUAUAUAUAUAUAUAUAUACACAUACAUACAUAUAUAAUUAUUAUAAUAUUAACGCGAGGAAACAAAACGCAUUGUUAAUGCUUUUAGGAGGAUAUUUUUCAUAUACUUGAAUAAUGUGUAUCGAUGCCAAUUGCUGAUCGUGAUAAUCAUUAAUAGAAAUUACUAUAUAUUAAAGAAAAGAAAAAUUAAAAGUCGUGGUAUAAUUAGGAUUCU